AAAACCAUAACAAUCGAAAGAAAACACAAUGCAAACAGUAGCGAGAGUGACCCAAUAACAAGCGCAGACGAUACGAGAUUGUCUGAUCAUCAUCGUCGUUUGGUUCAGGCGCCGCUGCCGUGACUGACAAGACACUCCUCUACUGAGCGACAGUGAUCGAGUAAAGAUGACCCAUCUUGUGCAUCAGAAUUGGAGGAAUUGUGAGGCCUGGAAGAGCUCAGGGCUUCCUCUUUCGACCACCAGCGAUGAAGCAGCCAAGAUGUUUGAUGCUUGCCUCACACAGUAUGUGGGAUGGUAUAACGAUGAAAGCGUUGACGGCAUCGAGGGAGCCCUUUCCAAAAUGACCAACGCAGAUCCAAAUUUCUUGAUGGGCCAUGUGAUGUCUGUUGGCCUCGAAAUGAUGGCAACUGCAAAGACAACCCGCUUGGACACCAGUUUCCGGCAAGAUGUGGAUGCCAUGUUGAAGCUGGCCAAGAAUAAUCACGUGACAGAACGGGAGAAGAAACACGUAGAAGCAGUCAAGCUUUGGUCUGAUGGGAAAAUGGAUGAUGCCGCGUACCUCUGGGAAGACAUCCUAAUCUCGUACCCCCUAGACAUGCUUGCCCUCAAAUUUGCCCAUGACACAUAUUUCUACAACGGGCUGCAGUAUGAACUGAUGGAUUCCACUGCAAGGGUCUUGCCUCACUGGAAGGAGGACAUGCCAUUGUAUGGUUACUUGAUGGGCAUGCACUCAUUUGGCCUUGUUGAGACCAAUCAUUUUCAGGAGGCCGAAAGAGUUGCCAAGAAGGGUUUAGAGAUCAACCGACACGACUCUUGGUCCACACACUCAGUUGCCCAUGUGUUUGAAAUGACGGGGAGAGCGGAUGAAGGAAUUGCAUUCAUGAGCAAGACCGUGGCAGACUGGAGUCCAUGUGAAAUGUUGGCCUGCCACAAUUUCUGGCACUGGGCAGUCUAUCACGUUGAUAAGGGCGAGUACAGCGGGGCAUUGGAUCUUCUUGAUGAUCAGAUGAUAGCAUCCUUCAAGAAGUCUGGGGCUAUGUUUGAUAUGAUCGAUGCGUGUUCGAUGCUGUACAGGCUGGAGUUGGAAGGUGUUGAUGUUGGCUUGAAGCGCUGGGAAGACAUCUAUGAAAUGUGUCGCCCUCACAUAGAUGAUCACAUCCUCCUGUUCAAUGACCUUCACCUGCUAAUGGCGUGCCUUGGGGCGAAGAAGAGGGAGGUUGCCCAGGCUUUCAUGGCGUCACUCAGACAGUUUGUGGAAAAUGAAAGUGAUAUGAACCAGGUCGCCUCCAAGAAGUUUGGAAUAGCCAUGGCUGAGGCCUUCAUCGCCUACGAUGAUGGCGACUAUGCAAGGGCAGUGGAGUUGGCCAAUAAGGUCCGCUACCAGUUGCUCAUGAUGGGAGGAAGCAAUGCACAGCGGGAUGUCUUCCACCUCUUCCUUGUCCACGCUGCCUUGAAAUCUGACCAGCCAAAGCACCACAAGUUGGCCAGAAAUCUUAUAAUGGAACGGAAGAGUGCAAGACCCGGAUGCAAGAUGAAUGAUCGCCUGCUUGGAAAGAUUCUGGGGACGCAUGGGCAAUGAACAGUCGUAAAAUAGUGAACCUUCCCAGGUUAACAGCUGUAGUUUGUGCAUUUUAAUUUGAUAGAUGACUUUGCCAUGGUGAAUUAUAAGUGCGCAGGAGGAAAGUUCACCCGCCUAUGGAUGUAGACUGCAUCGUUCCAAAAGUCCCAACUUUUACAAGGUUUCCAUUCAUUAGCCGUAGAAUAAACAUCCUCUCAAGUCUAAAUUAAUGACCCUUAACCCCUUUUCUCAGGCUUGACCGGAAGUCUACCAAAAGACCACUUGUGACUUACAUCUGUCCAUAAAAUCAACAGUGGAGAUGCGGCUUUAUAGCAUUUCAUUGUCUCGGCAAGGUCUGAUUUGGAGGUCUCCUCGAUCGUUUUGAAAGGAGGUAAUAAAACAAAUUCACCAGUCA